AUGGAGGAAUAUAUAAGCAUUGAUGAAUUUGAUUGUGGGGAAAGUAGCAGUACUACUGAAGUGCAAAAUAGCGAAGCAGGAAACAGUGCCUCACAAGCUACUUUAGAGAACAGUAACCCUGCUACUAAAUCUAAAGUGGUACAGAAACGUCGAGCGAAAAACCCGCCGGAAUUACAGGAAGCCAGCAAGCAGAUGAGCGCUGCAUUCAAUACAUUAAAUAGUGUGUUGCAAACCAAGAAAAAUACAGCAGAUAAAGAAAACGAUGACGCUGAUUUGUUUUGUAAACUUCUGGCAAAACAGCUCAAGGAUUUCCCUAAAGACGAAAGAGAAGAGAUAAUGUACGAAAUACAUGGAUUAAUAUUAAAUAAACGUCGUCACUGCCGCGGCCGAGACUUUCAUCCCAUUAUUUCGCCUUCUAUUUACAAUCGCAGUUCAUCAGCACACAGCUCUUCGUACUCGCAUGAAUCGCUCCCACGAAACAUUAUUUCUCCGGACUCACCCAUUUUUCAACAGUCUUCUUUCUACUCUGAUACUUCUCCGCAUAUAAUAAUCAAUCGCCCUUCAUCAUCACGCAGCUCCUACACUAUACCAACGCCACCACAAAAUUUCAAUCAAGAGAGAUCACAUCAGACGUUACCUGUUGAUCAACAGCCUACUCUAUACUGUUAUACUUCUCCUUCGCAAAUGUUAAUUAACCGCCCUUCAUCAUCACGCAGCUCCUACAUUACACCAACGCUUCCACAAAACUUUAAUCAAGAAAUAUCGCAUGAGAGUCCUCACAAUGUUCGGAUACUAUCUCAGGAGACGUUACAACUUAGAAAAAAUAACACCUUGCAAGAAGCAUUUGAAAAAGCGACAACGGAACAAGAAUGA